AUGGAGGACGGAUCCAUUUCGUCUGGUUUCGGGCCUCUUUUCAUCAGAGAAGAGGACGUGGGUGCGGACAGAACCCUCUUGGAACAAAGAGAGCGCGCCGCGACACAAUCUGGACUCGCCUUCAAGGGGACGCGGCCGAAUCAACCGGCUUUCAUCAAGCCGUACUUACAGGAGAUGGACGAGUUACUGAAAGGCUGCGAGGAGCUCAUCGGGGUCCCGUUCGGCUCCCACUUCUCAGCGAGUCACAGCGAAACACGCUCGACUGAGGACGCCACGUCGGAGAGCUACGGGGGAACCAGCGGGUCUACGCGGUCGUAUCUUUCCACGAGCUACAUGGACACGCACAUGGACGGGGGGGCGGGAACGGACGACCGGCCGGCUCGAGGCCCGCCGCAAAUCUUGGCCGCCGUCGGGAACAAGCGUGGAGGAACCUCAGUGGCUUCUCGCCGAAGGGAGAUGCCUCUCACCUCGGCGGGCAACAAACUGAGUGAAACCAUGGUGGAGUACGAGGGUCAGCUCCUGGGGAUGCUGGCCAUGCUGGAGAGCUCCAUGGAGGAGUCCGGGAUGGACUAUGAGCCCCAAGGCUGCGCUCCGGAUGCAAGCCAGGAAUACGUACACAUCGGUAAGAAUCCUCGCCUUCACAGGGGCACAACGCCGGCGCCCGCUGAGCAAGGGAGCGAGAUGACGUCGGAGACCCAGGCGAUGUGCCUGGAGUCCCGGGCUGGUCCACAUGCAGGGGGAGAUGAAGCCUCCAGGGAGAGCAGAAAUGAGGCAACGACAGUGGGUUCGGCGAUGAAUGGAGGCCAGCAGAAUGGUGUGCUCAGCCGUGACAACGUGGAUGGUUUCUCGAUGAAAACACUGGAAUGGCAAGACCCCGGGGUUCUUGAUGCUCAGUUGGGGUUUUCAGGGCCCUCGAUGCCAUCAGACGGCGCAGAAAACGAUCCGAUGCGCUGCGAGGCGACAAAGACGGGAUGUAUGACCGCUCACGGAGGCGCGUCUGGGAUUGAAGUAGACGACGCUGAAGAGCUCAAGAUGGACACCUUCGAUCUGGGAUCUGGCGCAAAUGAUUUAGGCGCGCUGGGGUGUCAGAUGGAGAAGUGCAUCGAGGAGGUACAGCGCUUAGAGAGGAGGAGGAAGGAGCUGCUGACGGAGGUGCUGGAGAUGAGAGGGGCUAAAGACAGAGGGGAGGCCGUGGGGAGCAAUGAAGAGGAGGAGGAGGAGGAGGAGGAGGAGGAGCUGAUUGACGGCAAAGUGGUCCGGCUGAUGAACGCAUUUAGGAGGGAGGAAGAGGGGAGGAGAGCGGAGAGGAAGAAAGAGAUUCAGAGCUUAAGGGAGGAGAGAGCGGAGGAGGAGAGGAUGCUGUGGAAGGUAAACCUGGAGAGACAGGGGCUGCACGAGGAGCUCAGGAGACUGAAGAGGAGACUGUUCACCGUGGCUCGGGACUGUGCUCACAACCAGGCCGCUCUGAACACCCAGCACCGCGAGGUGGAGCUGCUGAUGAGAGAAGAGGAGAAGCUGCAGACGCUGGUGCUCCAGCUGACGGAAGAGGGCUCCCGGCUCCGGGCGGCUCAACAGCAGCAGCUCUUAGACCUCCAAGUAGCGCUUCAGGUCCAGACCUCCAGUCAGACCUCCAACACCCAGGACGAGCUGACCGAGUGCAGGAGACACUCCUGCGGAGACGUCCAGCAGUAUCUGCAGGGCGGGCUGAAAGCGCUGGAGGACAGGUACGAACCCGUCUUGCUCACAUUGCUGAAGAGGAGGGAGGCGACGGCCGCAGCGCUGCUGAAAGCCAAAGAGCACGCCCGGGAGCUGAGGGCCCAGCUGAGACCCCUGAAGGAGGAGAUCCAAAGGCUGACUCUCCAGAGGGCUCGUCUGGAGGAGAAACUCAAACUAAUCCACUGGAAACGGAGAGAGGAUGUCGGGCAGUAUAAGGAGACGGUGUCCUUUCUGGAGGACAGCAGCAGAGUGCUGAAGACAGAGUUACGGAUCCAGAAGAGAAACACCAAAGAGAUAGAGGAGCUGAGAGACAGCCUGAACAAACAGCUGCUCCUUUACAGGGCUGCCAUCGAGGAGCACAACAAGUCCGACGAUGAGGAGAACACGAUUGAAUGUUCUUAA